AUGAACCCUAUCUCUAACCCUAACCCUAACUCUAGCCAUAACCUUUAUCCUAACACUAACCCUAAGCAUAAACCUAAACAUAACCUUAACCCUAGCCAUAACCCUAACCCUAACUCUAAUCCUAAACCUCAUCUAAACCCUAGCCCUAACCCUAACCUUAACUCUAGCCAAAACCCUAACCUUAACUCUAGCCAAAACCCUAUACCUAACCAAAACCCUAACCCUAACCCUAAACCUAGCCCUAACCUUAAACCUAAUCCUAAACCUAACCAUAACGCAAACCCUAAUCUUUACCUUAACUCUAGCUCUAAUCCUAGCCCUAACCCUAAUACUAGCCCUAACCCUAACCCUAACCUAAACCCUAACCCUAAUCCUACCCUAACCCUAAUCCUAAUCCUAAUCCUAACCCUAACCCUAACCCUAACGCUAACCAUAACCCUAACCUUAAUCAUAAGCGUAACACGUAGCCUUAAUCUUAACCUUAACCCUAGCUAUAACCCUAACCCUAACUCUAACCCUAAACCUAGCCCUAAUUCUAAACCUAGCCCAAACACUAAUCCUAGCUCUAAAAAUAUCUCUAGCCAUAACAUUUAUCCUAACACUAACCCUAAGAAUAAACCUAAACCUAAUCUUAACCCUAGCCCUAACCCUAACCCUAACCAUAACGCUAAUCCUAAACCUCAUCCAAACCUUUGCCCUAGCCCUAACCUUAACUCUAGCCCUAACCCUAAUGUUAACCCUAGCCCUAACACUAAUCCUAGCUCUAACCCUAACCCAAACUCUAGCCAUAACCUUUAUCCUAACACUAACCCUAAGCAUAAACCUAAACCUAACCUUAACCCUAAUCCUAACCAAAACCCUAACCCUAACACUAACCCUAACCCUAAACCUAACCUUAGCCUUAACCCGAACCCUAACCCUAACCCUAACCCUAACCCCAACCCCAACCCUAAUCUUAACCUUAACCCUAGAUCUAACCCUAACCCUAAACCUAAACCUAACUUAACCCCAACCCUAACCCUAACCUUAAUCCUAACUCGUAGCCUUAAUCUUAACCUUAACCCUAGCUAUAACCCUAACCCUAACCCUAACCCUAAACCUAGCCCUAAUUCUAAACCUAGCCCUAACACUAAUCCUAGCUCUAAAAAUAUCUCUAGCCAUAACCUUUAUCCUAACACUAACCCUAAGAAUAAACCUAAACCUAAUCUUAACCCAUGCCCUAACCCUAACCCUAACCAUAACCCUAAUCCUAAACCUCAUCCAAACCUUUGCCCUAGCCCUAACCUUAACUCUAGCCCUAACCCUAAUGUUAACCCUAGCCCUAACACUAAUCCUAGCUCUAACCCUAACCCAAACUCUAGCCAUAACCUUUAUCCUAACACUAACCCUAAGCAUAAACCUAAACCUAACCUUAACCCUAAUCCUAACCAAAACCCUAAUUCUAACACUAACACUAACUCUAACCCUAACGCUAGCCUGAGCUCUUACUCUAACUCUAAUAUAAAUCAUAACCCUAACCCUAAUGCUAAACAUAACCCAACUCUAAAUCUAGCUCUAACCCUAACCCUAACCUUAACCCUAACUAUAACCAUAAUUCUAACCAACCCUAAUUCUAAACCUAGCCCUAACACUAAUCCUAUCUCUAACCCUAACCCUAACUCUAGCCAUAACCUUUAUCCUAACACUAACCCUAAGCAUAAACCUAAACCUAGCCUUAACCCUAGCCCUAACCCUAACCCUAACCCUAAACCUCAUCUAAACUCUAGCCCUAACACUAACCUUAACUCUAGCCAUAACCCUAAUCCUAACCAAAACCCUAACCCUAACCCUAACCCUAAACCUAACCUUAAUCUUAACCCGAAUCCUAGCCCUAUCCCUAACCCAAACCCUAACCCUAACCCUAACCCUAACCCCAAUCCUAAACCUAACCCUAACCUUAACCCUAACCCUAACCCUAACUCUAACCCUAACCCUAACCAUAACCGUAACCCUAACCCUAACCCUAACCCUAACCCUAAUCUUAACCCUAACUAGAACCCUAACCCUAAACCUAGCCCUAACCUUAAACCUAAUCCUAAACCUAACCAUAACCCUAACCCUAAUCUUAACCUUAACCCCAGCUCUAACCCUAGCCCUAACCCUAAUAAUAGCCCUAACCCUAACCCUAACCCUAUCCUAAACCCUAACCCUAAACAUAAACUAAACCCUAACCCUAGCCCGAGCUCUUACACUAGCUCCAAUCCUAAUCCUAAUCCUAACCCUAACUCUAACCCUAACCUUAACCCUAAUCCUAACCAAAACCCUAACCCUAACACUAACCCUAACCCUAACCCUAACUCUAACCCUAGCCCUAGCCUUAAACCAAACCCUAACCCUAACGCUAGCCCUAAUUCUAACCCCAACCCUAACCCUAACCCCAGCCCUAACCAUAAACCUAGCCCUAACCCUAAACCUAACCCUAACCCUAACUCUAACCCUAACUCUAACCCUAGCCCUAACACUAACCCUAGCUCUAAUCCUAGCUCUAACCCUAGCUCUAAUUCUAACUCUAGCCCUAGCCCUAACCCAAUCCCUAACCUAAACGCUAACCUACACCCUAACCCUAAACAUAAACUUAACCCUAACCCUAGCCCGAGCUCUUACCCUACCUCUAACCCUAACUCUAGCUCUAACCCUAACUCUAGCUCUAACCCUUACUCUAGCUCUAACCCUAACCCUAACACUAACCUUAAAACUAACCUUAACCGUAACUCUAACCCUAACCUUAACCCUAAUCCUAACCCUAACGCUAACCCUAACCCUAACCCUAACCCUAAACCUAACCUAAACCCUAACCCUAAACCUAAUAUAACCCUAAAUAUAACCCUAACCCUAGCCCUAUCUCUAACCCAAACCCUAAACCCUAACCCUAACACAAACCCUAAACCUAAUCCUAAACCUCAUCUAAACCCUAGCCCUAACCCUAGCCUUAACCCCAAAAAUAAACCUAGCCCUAACACUAUCCCUAAUACUAGCUCUAAUCCUAACCCUAGCCCUUAUCCUAACCCUAAACCUAAUUUUAACCCUAGCCCUAGUCCUAACCCUAACGCUAACCCUAACCUUAGCCCUAACCGUAACUCUAGUCCCUAA